ACAAACAAUUGCGUGAAUCUGUAAUGGAACUUAAGCAGAAGGAAAGAACAAUUGUUGAAAUGAAAGAACAGCUGUCGAAUGCAGAGCUGAAAAAUGCUCUGAUAAACAAAAAAGUAAAUCAGCUAGAGAAAGAGAAGGAAGAUUUGGAUAAAAGGUAUAAGCAAGAGUUGGAAGAAGUUAAAAACAAGUUGAGGCCAUUCAGCAGGAGCCGUCAAGUUCAUAAAAUGAACGGCGAUCAGUUACCAAAGGGAAAUGAUUUGUCAAACGAUGAUGACGCUGGACCGAAAAAUUUUCCCGAAGACAAAGAAGCGAAAACGCUCGCAAGAACGGCAGAGAGUGAAGAAUAUUCAUCUGACGACGGAGACUCCCAGAAACGAUUUUUCCAGGAUGAGUCUCUGCUUAAGAAAGACCUCGGGGCUGAAAAGAGAAAAAAUAAAUUGUGCCUGUUGGAAAUCGGAAAACUUAAAAGAGAACUCGAUCAGUGGAAGGAAAUGGUCCGCGAAGAUAUGGAUGUGGGUGUAGGUUUCCUUCGCAUCGAAAAUGAAGAUUUGAAAGAUGAGUUACAAGAGAAUCAGAUUUUCAUCACAGAGUUGGUGUCAAAGAAGAAGCUACACACCCAAAUCAUUAAAAAGUUACGGGCGGAAAAUGCCAUGUUGAAGGGCACAACAGAAGACGAAUAUGACGAUGUUAUUUCACUUGAGUCUGACGACGAAACGUUCUAUGAGGGGCUUGGGUACGAUCGAAGUACAACCCAAGAACAGAGAGUAAGAUUUGACAAAAAUGGGAAAAUUGAGAAGGAAGCGCAACGUCCAAAUGAGAGCAAAGAUCUUCACAUCGACACUAGUUUGGACUUCUUGGAUUGCAAGACAAGCGUAAGCGAAAAGGAAUAGUCCACGAGAAAAUUGUAUUUUCGGACCACGGCGUCAGAAAAUGGACCAUAUACAUUUAUAACUUUACUCGUUGUAAACAAAAUAAACUGUAAAAAUCUUUGUUGA